AUGCAAGACUGGGACGAGGACGCUAUUCUCCGAAGCUACCAGACCCGUAAUUACAUCGGUGUGGCUAUAACGAUGUUCUGGCUCUACGACUACCUUAUCGAAAUCAAUGCUGAGUGGAUAUUCAUGAGAUAUGCAAAAUUACGAAAGACCAAAGUGAUAUACCUCUUGACGCGACUCCUUCCCUUCGCCGCCCACGGUGCAAGGCUCACAUAUGACCUAUCUGCGUCCCCCGCCUCUACGACAUGCCAUAGACUGUCUAGUGCGAUGAAUGCUUUCGCUAUCCUGAUUGUGAUUCUCGCCGAAGUCCUCUUCUCUCUGAGAACAUACGCCCUGUGGAGACGAAGUCGGACUGUCCUCAUCCUUCUGAUAGGUUCAUUCGCGGCGGCUAUCGCCGGCGGUAUUGCGGUCUGGUACAUCCCAGCUGGCACAACGGACUCAGCUACGGAAACUGACGUUUUUCUUCCUCCUACCUCGAGCGUCACCGGAUGCGCCAGCGUAUCACCAGGGAUAUCUGCGGCACUGAGCUACUCGUUUCUGCUUGUAGUCGAAAUAGAGCUGAUCAUUUUGAACGUCAUGAAGGGUGUCCGUGUGAGACGGGAGACAAGAGCUCGCUUCGUCGAGAUUCUGAUCGGACAUAAUGUUUUAUACUACGUGUGUGGGACGGUAUUCACGGUUAUCAACGUUACCAUGGGUAUCCUGGGAGGCUAUGGGGACGUUACAAUAUAUCAAGAGUGA